AUGGCGGAGGCCAGUCCAAAGUCGCGUCAGCUGCUGUCUCAUGCGGACAUGGUUCAGAUCGGCCAGAGUGAACCGGGUCAGCCCAAUGAGGCAAUUGGAGGGGCAGCAGAGAAAGAGAGAGCGGAGGACAGUCCGAAGCCGCGCCAGCUGCUGUCUCAUGCCGAUAUGGUUCACUACUUAGACGUGACAGGCGGGUGGGAUGAGGAUCUGUGUACGUGCUGCUUUGACCGUGCUGUGAGCCAGCGAGCACAGCGAGCACUUGCGAUUAAGGACCUUGAUGAGUUGCGUCGCCACCUGCGCAAGCAGCAGCCUCGUUCCAUCCCCGCAGCAGCCCCUGAGCACCACCAGCAGCAGCAGCAGCAGCAGCAGCAGCAGCAGCAGCAGCAGCAGCAGCAGCAGCAGCAGCAGCAGCAGCAGCAGCAGCAGCAGCAGCACAAGCCAUCAGGCCGCUUCUGA